AUGCGAAAAGAAAAAAAAAGUUCUCAAUUACGUCUUGUCUAUGCUGAUUUCACUUAUUCAACAUAUAACUUAAAAAAGAUAACAAUAAAUUUAUCGAAAGAUCUAAUAGAAAAUCAAAAUCCAUCAAAACUUCAACCAUCUGAAAGUGGUAAAGAAAGAAAAUCUACUUCGCCACCAUCAUUAUUAUCAUCAAGUAACGAGUUUGUCAAUAUACUUCUUCUUGGAGAGUCAAGUGUUGGUAAAUCAACUUUCAUUAAUGCUUUUGCUAAUUAUCUUUAUUUUCAAAAUCUUGAUGAAACUCAAUAUGGAAAACCAAUUGUUAUAAUACCUGUUUCAUUUAUAAUGACAAUUAAUGAUAAUUUUGAUGAACAAAUAAUUAAAUUUGGUGAAAUUGAUUCAAAUGAAUAUCAUGAUGAUAUAGGUCAAUCAGUAACUCAAAAAUGUAAAUCUUGUAUUUCAAUAAUACGUAAUUUCUUUUCUUCAUUCUUAUUGUAUUCAUUUAUUUGA